AUGCUGGCCAAGGGGUCCCAAGCUCUCCACGAUCACGUUGCGGCUUCAACACAACGCACUCUUGGCAAUCCACUCCCUCGGAUAGAAGUCACCUUCGAAAAUUUAUCCCUCUCGGCUGAUAUCGUCGUGAAAGACGCAACGCAACUCGAGACGGAGCUCCCCACGAUCUCCAACGUCGUCAAGAGCGCGCUGCUACGAGCGACCGCCAAGAAGCACGUGGUCAAGAAGCCGAUCCUCCGCAAUGUGACUGGCACGUUCAAGCCCGGUACCAUGACGCUCGUACUGGGGCAGCCUGGAUCGGGCAAGUCGGCGUUGAUGAAGGUUCUGAGCGGACGUUUCCCGAUAACCAGCAACAUCACGGUGGACGGGAAUGUGACGUACAGCGGUAAGGAGCAACAUGAGCUGAGGAAGAAACUACCGGAGUUUGUGUCGUACGUGGGUCAACACGACGUUCACUAUCCGACGCUCACGGUCAAGGAGACGCUUGAGUUUGCGCACGCCUGCAGCGGUGGAGUUCUGUCCAAGUUUGAUGAGGAGCAGAGCGUUCACGGGUCAUCUGAAGAGAACCAGACUGCGCUGGACGCGGUUCGAGCCCUGAACGAGCACCACUCGGACAUUGUCAUUCACCAAUUAGGUCUGGAGAACUGCCAGAACACCGUCCUGGGCGACGAAAUGUUGCGUGGAGUUUCCGGUGGCGAGCGCAAGCGCGUGACGACGGGCGAGAUGGCGUUCGGCAACAAGCUCGUGCUCAUGAUGGACGAGAUCAGCACGGGACUGGACAGCGCCACGACGUUCGACAUCAUUUCGACACAGCGCAGUCUGGCCAAAUCGUUCGGUAAAACCGUGGUGAUCUCUCUGUUGCAACCGCCACCCGAAGUGUUUGCUCUGUUUGACGACGUGAUGUUACUGAACGACGGGUAUGUCAUGCACCAUGGACCGCGGAGUGCGGUUUUGGGCUACUUUGAGGCUCUCGGCUUCAACUGCCCUCCGCAGCGCGACGUCGCCGACUUUUUAGUGGAUCUUGGGACCAGCAAGCAGCACCAAUAUGAGGUGAAGGUCGCUCCGAGAACAGCGGAUGAGUUUGCGAAGGCGUUCGAGAACUCGGAGAUCCAUGGAUGGAUGCUUACCGGAAUCCACGACGCGUUGAGUGCGUCCCGAGAGGUGCACACUUCGGAGCGUAUUGAAGCGAUGCCGGAGUUCAACCAGAGUUUCUGGAGCAGUGCUGGGACGCUCGCUCGACGCCAGCUAACGCUCCUUUCGCGCGAUCGAGUGCUUAUCGUCAGUCGGAUCGUGAUGUCACUCGCACUGGGGCUGCUGAACGCAAGCACAUUUUUCCAGUUCGACGAAGUCGACUCGCAGCUCGUUAUGGGCAUCGGAUACGUCGUCACUGGCUUUGUGAUGAUCGGCCAGUCCGCCCAAGUGCCGGCGUUUGUCGCCAUUCGAGACGUGUUCAAGAAGCAGCGCCGCGCAAACUUCUUCCGCACUUCGUCGUUUGUCCUGGCAACCUCGACGAGUCAAAUCCCGCUGGCCGUGGUCGAGACGUUGAUCUUUGGCUCCAUCAUGUACUGGAUGUGCGGCUUCGUCGCCUCGGCUCAAGGCUUCUUGCUGUUCGAGUUGCUGCUCUUUCUCACGAAUAUGGUCUUUGGCGCCUGGUUCUUCUUCUUAGCGGUGAUUUGCCCCGAUUUGAACGUGGCCAACGCUAUCUCGUUGCUCUCGGAUCUGCUGUUCUCCAUCUACUCAGGCUUCGUGAUCACCAAGGGCGAGAUUCCAGUGUACCUCUCCUGGAUCUAUUGGAUCAGUCCGCUGACGUGGGGCAUUCGCGCGAUUGCUGUCAAUCAGUACACGGAUACGGCGUUCGAUGUGUGCACUUACCGGGAUGUGAACUAUUGUGAGAGGUACGGGAUAACGAUGGGCGAGUACUCGCUGAGCUUGUUUGAUGUUCAGACGGAGAAGUACUGGCUGUGGCUUGGCCUCGUGUAUCUGGUCGCUGCGUAUGUGGUUUUCAUGGUUAUGGCGUUGUUCGUGCUGGAAUACUGGUGCGUAGAAAGCCCUCCAACCUUGACACUGAGCUCAAAGGACAACGCGGUCAAGGAAAACUACGUUCUGGCGCACACUCCGAAGACUGAUUCUUCACACUUUGGCUCGGACGUGAUGGAUCCGACGAACGCCAAGUCCAGCAUUGAUCUGCUCAAGGGUGUGAGUGGGUUUGCCCUACCAGGCACGAUCACUGCGCUGAUGGGGUCUUCCGGCGCUGGUAAGACGACGCUCAUGGACGUCAUCGCUGGACGGAAGACUGGGGGGACAAUCCGAGGCGACAUCAUGCUGAAUGGGUAUCCUGCCACGGAUCUCGCUAUUCGUCGAGCCACGGGCUACUGCGAGCAGAUGGACAUCCACUCCGACGCGUCAACGUUCCGUGAGGCGCUGAUGUUUAGUGCCUUCCUGCGCCAAGGUGCCGACGUGCCUGACAGCCAGAAGUACGACUCGGUGAACGAGUGCCUCGAGCUGCUGGACUUGCACCCGAUCGCCGACCAGAUCAUCCGCGGCAGCUCCACGGAGCAGAUGAAGCGCCUGACCAUCGGCGUGGAGCUGGCGGCGCAGCCCAGCGUGCUGUUCCUGGACGAGCCCACGAGCGGCUUAGACGCUCGAUCGGCCAAGCUCAUCAUGGACGGCGUGCGCAAGGUGGCGGACACGGGGCGCACCGUUGUGUGCACGAUCCACCAGCCGACCCGCGGUGGAGAGAUGGUCUUCUUUGGGGAUCUAGGCGAGAAGGCGACCAAGCUGGUCGAGUACUUCGAGUUCAUCGACGGUGUGGCGAAGCUGGAGAAAGACUACAACCCAGCGACGUGGAUGCUGGGGGUCAUCGGCGCAGGAGUGGGCAACGACAACGGCAACAAGACCGACUUCGUACACAUUUUCAAGUCAAGUGUCCAAGCUCAGCAACUCGAAGCGAACUUGGAGCGUGAGGGAGUGACUCGACCUUCGCCGAAUGUACCAGCACUCGUAUUUGGCAAGAAGCGCGCAGCCGGCAACCUGACGCAGGCCAAGUUCUUGAUCAAGCGCUUCUUCGACCUGUACUGGAGGACUGCGUCGUACAAUUUGACGCGCUUCAUCGUGGCGGUGGUGCUAGGCUUGAUUUUCGGCAUUACCUUCAUCGGCGAAGAAUUUUCCUCGUACCAGGGCGUCAACUCGGGGCUGGGCACGACGUACAUGACAACCUCCUUCAUCACGUACAUCACCUUUAAUGCCGUGUUACCGAUCACAUACCGAGAGAGGGCUUCAUACUACCGCGAGCGAUCGUGUGAAAGCUAUAGCACCUUUUGGUACUUCGUGGUGUCAACGCUGGUCGAGAUUCCGUACUGCUUUGGAGCGAGCUUGGUCUUUUUGGCCCUUUACUUCCCCAUGGUCGGCUUCACUGGGGUCUACGAGUUUUUCGCGUACUGGCUCAACCUAUCGGCACUUGUGUUGGUCCAAGCGUACUUCGGACAGCUCCUGGCCUACGCGCUCCCCAGCAUCGAAGUGGCGUCAGUCUUCACGGUUAUUAUCGGCUCCACAUGCACAUUGUUCACGGGCUUCAAUCCUCCAGCCGGAGCAAUCCCUAAGGGUUACCAGUGGCUACACCACCUCGUCCCGCACAAGCGAACGUUUGCCAGCUUGUCUGCAAUUGUCUUCGGUGGCUGCCCUAGCGAUGGCGACGGUAGUCAGCUUGGUUGCCAGCGCAUGUCGAACUCGCCACCAAGUUUACCCGAAGACUUCACUGUGAAGGAAUAUCUGGAGAGCGUUUUCGAGGUAAAGCACAGCGAGAUCUGGUCAAACUUUGCCAUUGUUGUAGUCUGGGUCGUCGCCCUUCGACUUCUAGCGCUAGCAGCGUUGCGCUUUAUCAACCACCAGAAGCGGUAA